AUGGGCCUCUCGCAGACGCAAAAGGACCUCGUGGGCGGGUCGGUCGGCGGCGUCGCGCAGGUGCUGGUGGGCCAGCCCUUCGACAUUGUCAAGGUCCGCGUACAGACCGCCGCGCCGGGCACGUUUUCCUCGCCGCUCGACUGCGCGACCAAGCUGCUCAAGAACGAGGGGCUGCUGGGGUUCUACAAGGGAACGCUCACCCCGCUCCUCGGCAUCGGCGCAUGCGUCUCGAUCCAGUUCGGCGCGCUAGAGUGGGCCAAGCGCCAGUUCGCCGCGCGCGCCGGCGCGCGCCCCCUCUCCCUCGCGGAGCUCUAUGCGUCCGGCGCGAUCGCGGGCGUGGCGAACACGGCUGUGGCCGGGCCAGUGGAGCACAUCCGUAUCCGCCUGCAGACGCAGCCUGCCGACGUCAAGCUGUACAACGGGCCGCUUGAUUGCGCGCGCAAGCUCUGGGCGCAUGGUGGGCCCCGCGGGCUGUUCAAGGGCCAGGUGGCUACCAUGUGGCGUGAUGGUGUGGGAUAUGGGUGCUACUUCCUCGCGUACGAGUACCUCGUCCAACGCUACACGCGCAACAACAACAUUUCCCGCGAACAGAUCUCGCCGCUCGUGUCGCUCGGGUUCGGCGCGUCAGCCGGCUUCGCCCUCUGGUUCUCCAUCUACCCCAUCGACGUCGUCAAGUCCAAGCUGCAGACGGACGCGCUCGAGCCCUCGAAGCGCAAGUACACGGGCAUGCUCGACUGCUUUGCCAAGACGUGGCGCGCGCAGGGCGUCAAGGGCUUCCUCGGCGGGCUGGAGCCCACGCUCGUGCGUAGUCCGUUUGCGAACGGCGCUACGUUUGUCGCGUUCGAGCUGGCUAUGCGCGCUAUGGGAAGCGAGGAGAAGGUCGACGCGCCGCCCGACCUUAUUGUGUAG